UGGACGCUCAUUGGUUGAGCGCGAAAUUUCAAACGUAACAGGAACAGAGGCAGCAACAGGAAUUGUUAUUGUAGUUAAAGUGCUUAUAAUUAGAAAUUUACACAGUAAUAUAAUCUCUAUUUAUCCAUAAGGUGAUUAUAUUAAUAGUGAGCCAAGUUUUAAUCCGAGCUGAGAUGGAUAUCGCUUCGUAUUUACGGUGUUUUGAAGAAAGUUUGGCCUCCUACAGCGGAGACGACCCGCUGGAUCCGUGGGACAGGUUUGUGGACUUCCUGGAGCGGAGGCAGCCAGCAGGGGGCGGCAGUGAGAUGUCGCUGGUGUUUGACGCGCUGGUCCAGAGAUUCCUCAACGUGGAUCAAUAUGCCAACGACGUCCGCUACGUCAACUACUGCAUCAGAUGUGCCAGUUACCGCGCGGACCCCGCCACCCUGUACGCUCACGUCUUCAGUCGCGGCGUCGGCAGCAGGACGGCGGCUCUGUACCUGGCCUGGGCUCGGCACUUUGAGCAGAAGGGAAUGAAGGAUCAGGCUGACGCCGUUUACCUGAAGGCUCUGGAGAACCAGGCGCAGCCGGAGGACACGCUGCUCCACGAGUACAGGCAGUUCCAGAGCAGAACCAGAACCGAGCCUCCAGCGUCGGGAGCCCGAGUCCCUCUGCAGAACUCCCAGCUGACCAAUCAGAUGUCUCCCCAGAAAAAGGCUGCCACUGGCUCUCCAUCCAAACUGCCUCUGAGAAGAACCGUCACGACCACGUCCCGCGCCGAGGCGUCGGGGCUGCAACGUCCCAGUCAGGACGGCGGCGCCCGGACAGUCUCCGAGUACAGCGAGGAGGCAUUGGUCCACGACGGCGUCGAGUUCUGCUUCGAAGAGGUCCGGGCCGAGAAAUACUUCAGGAAGAUCCGUGAGAGGCAGGAGCGGGAGCGGAGGGAGAACAUGCAGCAGCAGCUGCGGCAGCAGGAGCAGGAGGUGCAGAGGCUGCAGAGCAUGCUGCAGCAGGUCAACCAGGGCCUGGAGGCCUGCGGAGGAUCUCACUGCGCAACGCUGCAGGCCCCCAUCUUCUCCUCCUCCUCUCGUUCCCGUCGCUCCGUCGGCCUCAGGCUUCACUCCGACCUCAGCCUGAUCCAGGAGGCUGCCGGUACCGGUUCUGGUUCUGAGGCGACCCGCCCUCCCCCGGUCCUGUCCGACUGCAGCGGCACAGCAGAACCUCAGGCUCCCGGGUCAUCGGCCCAGAGGAACCCGGACGAGCUCGGCGCGGCGCCGCUGCAUUGCGGUCUGGCACCAGAACCUGAGGAGAAGUUUGAUGUGUCUCAGGGAGGAGCAGCCAACUUCUCCCACGUCACGCCCAACUCCUCUCUGGGCUUCGUCCAGGCCACGCCCUCCAGGGCCCUGCCGUCGCCCACCGUCAACACGCGGGAGGCCCUGGGCGUCAUCAUGGACAUGUUCCAGGCUCCGACCUUCCUGGACGAGCCGUUCCAGGGAGCCUCCAUGCUGCACCGGGCCGCUGCUGAACCCGACCCGGACCUGGAGACCGGCGUGGUCCCGCUGGUACCGGAGCCGCCGGCCUCCGCCCCGUUCACCAUCUUCCAGGACUAUGAAGACAAAGAGAACGGCAGCGCCGCGGUUCCGUUUGAGCGGUCCAGACCGGCCAGGGCUCUGACAGAACUCAGCGGGCCGAGGGCGGACAGACCCAACGAGGCGCCGUCGGAGCUGAUCCCAGACGAGAGCACCAUGUGGGGCGCGCGCUACACCUCGCUGGCCGCCUGCCCCAACAGCACCACCGACUUCGCCCCGCUGGCCCAGUUCGUCUCCACGCCGUUCGCUCACAAAACGCCGUUCGGCGGCUACUUCUUCCUGGCUGAAGAGAAUAACGGCGACGACGAAAACGUCUUCAUCAGACGGCAGACCAAAAAACUCAGCCCCAUCAUGGAGCAGAGUCCAGCUGAUGACGCGGCGGCGGCCGGCGCUCCGCUGCUGCCGCCCUCGGCGCGGCAGGGGACCAUCAUGGCCGACGGCUUCGCCUCCUCCUGCCUCAGCAUGACGCAGCCGCCGCCGCCGCCUGCCCUGCUCUCCUUCAGGGACCAGACGCUCGGCCCGGCCGAGGCCUCCGGCGGGGAGGCGCACGCCAGCCCUCUGCAGAACCCGCUCAGGCCUAGCAGGGAACCGUUUCAGAUCCUGGAGGACCCAGAGAGGCCCGGCAGCCCAGAACCGGACCAGAGCCGGCUGGGUGACGUCCCCAUGAGCCCGCAGUGCGCCCCCAAGGCCUCAGCGGAGCCGGACAGAACCGGGGACGUCCCCAUGAGCCCGGCGGCGCCCGGCGGCCUCCAGCUGGUCUCCGACCCCUGGGACCCGGACCGGAUCUCGGAGCUGCUGUCCCGGCUCCGCCCACCGCUGACCUCUCACCCCUGCUGCUACAGCUGGCCCUGCGCCGUCCCCAGCAUCGGCCCCAAGAAGACCCUCAGCAUGGGAUCGUCGUCCCUCAGGGUGGACGCCGUCCUCGGACAGGGAGCCUUCGCCACGGUCUUCCAGGCCACCGACCCCGUGACCUCCGACAGGAUGGUGCUGAAGGUGCAGAAACCGGCCAAUCCCUGGGAGUUUUACAUCAACACCUGUCUGGACGCCCGCCUGCCUCCUGCUGUGCGCCACCUGUUUGGCAGCAUACGCUCCGCUCAUCUGUUCCUGGACGGCAGCAUCAUGCUGGGGGAGCUGCACAACUACGGCACCCUGCUGAACGCCGUUAACCUGUUCCGGGCGCAGAGCGACAGGGUGAUGCCGCCGCCCCUCGUGCUUCACUUCGCCGUUUGCAUCCUGCACACCGUGGAGCUUCUGCACGCCGCGCGUAUCGUCCACGCCGACAUCAAACCUGACAACUUCCUGCUGGGAGAGAGGUUCCUGGAAACCCGGAGCUUCGACGCGGACGGCGUGAACCACGGCCUCGUCCUCAUCGACCUGGGUCAGAGCAUCGACAUGGCGCUGUUCCCAGAAUGCACUGCGUUCACCGCCAGGUGUCUGACAUCCGGCUUCCAGUGCACAGAGAUGCUGAGCGGGAAACCCUGGAGCUACCAGACGGAUUACUUUGGGAUCGCGGGAACCGUCUACUGCCUGCUGUUUGGGACCUACAUGCAGGUCGUUAAGGAGGGCGGCGUGUGGCGGACCACCGGCACCUUCAGACGGAAACCGCACGCCGACCUGUGGCUGGACUUGUUCCACACGCUGCUCAACGUGCCGGACUGCGGCGCUGCGCCCGGCCUGCAGGGCCUCCGGCGCCGGCUGGCCGCCGUCCUGCAGCAGCACUACAGCAGCAAGCUAGCUACGCUGAAGAGCCGCCUGGUGGUGCAGCUGCUGGAGAACCACCGGGCCCGCAGGUGAUGCUGCUGUGGAGAACCGCUGGACUGGUCCCAGUUCAGUUCUGUACAUAGGCUGUUAUUUUUAUGGCGUCGGUUUGUAGACUGUGAAAUGAUUCUUGAGUUGAUGACAAUAAAAUGUUGGAGUCUUGUU